UCUGAUUGCAGUAGGCCUAUUUAUUCAGCUAGGAGAGAUGAGUCGUAGAUCUUGAAAGUGUGUUUUGGUUCACCCAUCAGGGCCAAUCUUAGCAUAAAUCGUUAUCAGUAAGAGCAUGUCGAUAUUGCAGGCGAGUCUGAGUGAGCUUCGUAUUACACAUGUCUUCUUGAAGAACUUGAUCUUUUUGGUUUGGAUUACCCAUCUUCCUCCUUCGAAGGGCAUUAAUUCGUCAGAUCCAGCAAUGGUUGAGGAAGAAGAGAGGAAGAGUAAUGGUGGACCACAUCAGACCUAUGGCUCCAUCAACGCCGACUCGCAGAGUAUCAAAUGCGUCAACGCGGCAUACGAAGGCCCGCAUUCUGAUCCCAAGAUUCGGGAUGGGAUCGAGUGGCCUGGUGGCCAUUGGAAGGCCAUCUAUGUUAUUUUAUUAAUUACUCUUCUUAACGCUACAAACAAGAUGGACAGAUACGUUUUAAUUGAGGUAAUCAAGGAAAUGGCCGACGACCUCGAGUUUGGUGAUCGAAGCUGCUUAAAUGCAACCGUCUACAUCGACCCGACUGACAGCGUUGAAGAACGUGAGAAAUACAUAUGCGAUCCCCAGAGAUGUGAGGAGACGGAAAUAGUAAAUCUGAACGACACCGCUUCUAAUGUGACGUCAUGCCACUGGGUCUACUGGGGCACCGGUCUCGAGUACCAGCUCCUGGCAGGUCCUGCGUUCAUCGUGGUCGUCGGGUUGAUGAGGAUUCCCUUGACCUUCGCCAUGGAGCACGGACGCAUCAACGGUCGCAACAUCCUCGUCGCCUGCUCCAUUGCCUGGAGUCUGGCCACACUCCUAACAGGGUUCGCCACGGAGGUCUGGCACGUCUAUGUCUGCCGUGUUCUUCUUGGUCUUUUUCAGGCCCCGUUCAGCCCGUUUUCCGUCGCCCUGGUAACAGCUUACUCUCCACCGCAAUUGCGUGGUCUGGCGAUGAGCAUAUUAAACAGUGGCAUUGCCAUAGGCUAUGCCCUAGCCUAUGGGUUGGGUUUCCUGAAAGAGGUGGCCGGAUGGCGGUGGGUCUACUGGGUUGCUGGCUUCCCAGGAGUAGUUGUCGCUAUUAUCACGCUAUUCACCUUGCAGAACCCUGCUAAACUUAUUCAGAAACAGACUUCCCAGUCGAUGAUCAAGAUGGGACGAUGCGAGCAGCUCGUCUUCCAGAACUGGGCCACCAUCAUUCCACUCAGUCUGGGCUCUGCCCUUCGCUUCGGUGCAACGUACAUCUUCAACUACAACAUCAACAAUUACCUGCUGCACUACUAUCCUCACUUCCACGUGCAUAACUACCUGAGCUGGACUCCGAUUCUGUCUGGUUUUGGUGGGAUACUGUUUGGUGGGAUACUGAGUGAUGUCGCCCGGAGGAGAUACGGGUUGGAAGGAAGGAUGUGUAUACAGAUUGCCUUAUCCGUCAUCUGCGCUCCUGUAAUGACCCUCAUCUUCUUCCUUGAGCCCCCUGCUGUCUUCGCCGCUGCAGCUGUCGGGACGUCGAUCGCCGACGCGUGGACUGGAGGCACUGUUUCAACACUCACCGAGCUCAUUCCUCCAGGUCUCCGCCCGUCCUUUUUCGCCGUCUACUACUGCCUCAUCAACACCGUUGGUGGGACACUCAACAUCACCCUGCCGGCGCUACGGCAGGCAAUGAGAUUCCGGUAUGCGAUGAUCAUGGCUGUGAUUGGGCUGAUCUCAUUGGGUACCGUGCUCUUCACAGUAGGUCUUUUUGCGAUGGCGUGCUCCCGACGACGUUAUGGUGACAAUAAGAACCAGGACGAGACAGAGGAUCAAAACGCCAAUGAAACAAUUACCCCUAUACUUAGUUAGAGCUAUUAAUGUUUUACACAGUCACACAUGGAAUUUCUAAUUAAUGCCAUACAAGUACUCCUCUCAUAUUGAGAGAAACGUAACUAAAUUCAAAACACUCAAAUGAAACUUACAUAUUGUGAGAUUAAAUGGAAAUAAAUUUGAUCAUUUCUGGUAAACAAAAUUUUAAUUGUAAGAAAAAAGAAGAAAUGAAAUAGCAAUCUUGAUCUUUAGACGGUAUGGCCGUAGAUAAAACUGCAGUGUAUUCUUUUAUACAUUGAUUUUGAUUGAGUCUAUCCUUUUCAUUUACAUGCACUCUAUAGAAAGUCAUAUCACAAUUUGCAGCCAUUUCACUAGUCCACCUGCUGGACUGAAUUGAACAAUCCGCCGACAACGGACGUUGAUGGCGCGUCACACCUAUACAAAAAUUAACCCUUUUCAACACAUUUUUUGGGGGCGGACAGAUUUGUGGAAUCGCGCGAUCAAUGGUCUGGCGCGGUGUGUGUACGUACUAUGUGAAUCAGUGGCGAAAUGUGUGGGAGAAUUAAGCGGACAAUAAAAUACGGCCAGGGUAUCUGGACUACCAUUUCACCAGAACCUGCUUUGACUUAGCACUGCAUAUGUUUUCAUACAUAAUUUUUUUUUAGCUUUCAAAGCAACAUUUUGUCAGAUAAAUUGAAUGUUGACUGUUGACAAAUAAAAGGCCUCAACUUGAAACAGCAAUUUUGAGAAAUUUGAUGUUUAAUAAUUUUCUUCCAAUCAAAUCGACCGAGAUGUGAAGUUUUGUUUUGCUUUUUUAAAAAUUGAAUCAACUCUUUGCACAUUGAAUUAAUUUUGGGGGGAUAAUAAUGACAAUUGUUUCCAUGUUAUUUUCUUUAAUUCAAGAUUUCCAUAUUGCACCAUUGAUACUUAUGAUUAUUAUAUAGAUAUUUAACAAGAACUAUUGUAAUUUUUUAGCUUCUCUAAUAUGUAUGUAGAGGAGAAAACUAAUUAUUACAAUUGUUAAAUUUCAUUGUACGAAUGUGCAAAUUUGCAACAUCAGAACGCAAAGGGUCAAGUUAAGAAUCUGUUGGACAGGUGUAACUGAUUUUAUUAUUGGUAAAAAAAAAUAACCAUAAAAAAGAGUUACGUCUUUUUGCUGUAAGUCAGCCCAUAUAUAUGUAUAGUGUAGUUAUACGCAGUGUAUUUAACCUGAAUUAUUGUGGAUUUAUUAUAUAUGGGUGUACUAUGUACACAUGUUUAUGAAUGUAGCCUUAUUGCAUCUUUCGAUAGCACAAUGGAUGUUUGCAAAUAAAUGAAUAAAUAAAGGUAAUCAUACAUGUAUUCCUGUAAAUAAGCUAGAUAUAUCAUGACAUUACCAAUAAUUUCAUGAAUCUGCUGGACAGUUGAAUAAAACCAUUCAUAUUUUCUUUUCACAUCCACUCUGCUCUUCCUAAAAUUUCAGACUUUUUAUCCAUGUAAACCAAAUAAAGCAAUAUAAUAACCACUCACUUUAAAUCACAUUUUCAACAUAUUUUAUUUUUCCAGGCAAAAUACCAUGAAAAUACACUUCCAUAUUACAUCAUUGAUUUUUACUGAAUUGUUUCAAUUGCAAACAGUAUUGGUUUCUUCUGUGGCAUAUAUAAUUAUUUCUUAACAAAUCAGUGGCGAGGCAAUGAUUAAGGUUUGAAUUUAUAAAGUUACAAAUGACUUUCUAAUGUACUAGUCUAUGUUGUGCUGAUAUAAAAAAAAAUAUUUCU